AUGCCCUGGACCGUCCUCGUCAAAGACGAAGCUAAUAACAUCAGAGUCGAAGGACCUUUGGGGGACAUCUUGCGUACAAUGGCAAAAUAUAUGCGAUUUGAUUACCAGGUAAUCCAGCCCCCGGACGGCUACUGGGGGAUAGCAUUACCAAAUGGUAGUUGGACAGGAAUGAUUGGAAUGGUACGAGAUGGGGUCGCUGACUUCGCCCUGGGGCCGUUCAUCAUCUCCCAUGAGCGGAAUGCAGUUGUUGAUUUCACAAGGACUCUGUACUUCGACGGCGUCUCCAUCCUAACGCAGAGGCCAACGAUUAAGAGCGACGUCCAGGGGCUUGUGAACGUGUUCUCCUACGAAGUAUGGAUUUUGAUUUUCUCGUCCAUUGUGGCUAUUGUUCUUGCUAUGCUGUUCAUAGAAAAAGUUGAAGGGAAGCUGCGUGACAACCCAGCAACGAAGAGUUUCGCCAGAUCUCUGAUGUGGCCCGUUCAGACUCUCGCCCUGGAGACUUCAGAAUGGCUCCCCAAAGGCAACGCAGGAAGGGUUCUCGCAACGACCUGGCUCUUCGCUACGCUGAUCAUCACUUCGUGCUACAGUGGGAUUCUCACAGCCAUGUUAACAGCCCCGAAAGUGACCAUUCCUAUCGACUCUUUAGAGGACCUGGUGACACAGACUGAAGUUCCCUGGAAGCUGCUCUCGGGAUCGUUUCUCUUGUCCUUUCUCAAGGAAUCGACUGAUGUGUACCGUCAGAAGGCCUUUUACGGAUCGUCAGGCACCAUACCCGACUGUUGGGACGGUCGAGAGGCCAUAGCCAGGGGGGAAUAUGCCGCCCUCUGCGGAGAAAAUACUGCCAAAAAAUGCAUUUCGUGGGACUACAGCACAACAGGUCGAUGUCACUUGUACAUAGCACGAACGAUGGUUGUAAACUACGGUCUGUCCAACGGUCUGAUUUUCCCAAAAAAUUCCAGUUAUCUGGAAGGAGCUAAUCGAAUCCAGACAGUUACCAACACCUCCCAGUGCAUGAGGCCACCUACAGCAGACAGGUCUGAAGGGGUAGCUCCUUUGAAUAUUGAAGCCUUCGGUGGUUCCUUCAUCAUCGUAGGCUUUGGUUAG